AUGACUCGAUCCUGCAUGGGAGUGCUCUUGCUGAGCCUGCCCGAGUGCUUGUUGGGACUCCUACAACUUUUGGAUGCGCAGGGCCUGGCGCAGCUUCGCCGCUGUGGACGUGUGGGCAACUGUCACGGAUCAACUCUGGCACACGCCAUGCGGGUGGCAGAGCUUCGAGCCGCGAUUCUGGAACUGCUCCAGGCGACCAAGUUUCCCUUUGUCCAUGCUGCCUAUGUGCUGGGCUUGAAUGGGUCCCAUUACAGCCUGGACACGGCAACGGACAGGCACUACGGCAUUCCACUCCGCUUGCCAAGGCUGCUUUGUGAGCUCUUCCGCUUGGAGGUGCCCAACACCGACUUCACCACCAUCCGCAUUCAGAAGUUUGCGUCUUCGGUGAAUUUCAAUGGCUCUCACCGUACCCUUCCCGUGAAUUUGCACACGCCCUUCUUCGAUGCCGAGGACACUUCCGCUACGCCUCCAUCCCACGACGUGAACAGGGAUGCCAAAGGUGUUCCUGCUUCUGCGCUUUGCUUAACGGAAGGCUGCAAAGGUGGCUUCGGCGAGCUUUGUGAGAACCUGGAGGGUGACAGUGACGAGGGUCACCAUCGCUGGCGGCGCUUCGUGCAACCGGCAGCAGGGUCGAGCGCGCCGCGCUGGAUUCAGUUCCCGAUGGAUACGUGGCUCCGAUGGUAUUGGCCAACUUCUGGCGAUUACUAUGUCAUCAUUGCAACCUGUGAACCUGCAGACUUCAUUCGCGGGCUGCGUACACGCCAGCAUCGCCAGAUGCUCAAGCUCGGGUUUCGGCUGCCCGAGCCAUGGAAUGAGCUUAACAAGGAGGACGCAGACGAAGACGAAUGCCACGAGCGGGUUCCGGAAGGGGAGCGCCGGAGCCCACGCCGCUUGAGCAGCGCGCGGGUGAUUGCUGCGAAGAGGCUUCUUGGCCUUCAGGCUGUAGUCAUCCCGACUAUUCAGGAGAUCGAGGAAGCCUACGACAAUGCAGUAAGGCAGGCGAAUGAAAGUGCGGCAGGACAAGCUGGCACCAGAGAGGGAAAUCGCUGCGGACGAUUCGGUUGGGAUAUUGCACAGCUUUCCUGGGCGAGUCGGGUACUGCGCGAUGCUCAUCACGCGGCUCAAGAAGCCUCCACUCAAGGGAACCCUCCUCCGUGGAUACAGGAGCAAGUCUCUCAGGAGCCCAUCUCCAUUGCGGCACCCGCUCAGCUGUUGCCAUUGCCGGCUCCGGGCGCUUGA